UACAGACUUUCCCCUUCCACAGUACAAAAAUAACACUAAAAUAUGGAGAUGCUAUAGAGAAGUCGUGAGCAACACUGUCAGAAUACGAAUCAAGUUGCUUUUUUUUUUGGGCAUGGAGGAAUCAAGCAACUUAAUAAGGGAAGAAGGCAGAGGAUAGAAAUCACUAGACCACCCUUUAACAGGACUACCUCACCUGAUCCCAUCGCCGGAACUGGAUUGACUCCCAUUCACAUGUCAUUGUCUGGAGAAAAUUUUGGGGGAAAGAUCUGUUAGUGCUUCUGGGUCUUUUUUUGGUAUUGCAUGCAUGGGAGCAGUAAUUGUUUUGGAUGCUGUAAUAAGCCCCCACUAAUCACCUCAGUGGAUGAUCCAUCAAAAGGACUGAAAACUCAAGGUAAUCAAGUGAACAAUCCAAGCAUAUCAGAGGGUUUCUGGACAACCAGCACGAGUGAUAUGGACAACAGUGCAGUUCAGUCCCGAGGAAGCAUCUCAUCAAUUAGCACAACUAACCAGAUCCUUGAUGCGAACGGUGUGACUGGCAGCAUUAACACUCCUGAAUUCGUAAAUCAUGGUCUUAUUCUCUGGAAUCAAACUAGGCAACAAUGGGUAGGAAAUAAAAAGUUUGAAAACAGGCCACGAGAGGUUCAGGAUCCCAAAUUAAACACUCAUUGUCUCAGCAUGGUUACACAAUUCUGGCUUUGCAGUUGGAACGCGACAUACGACAGUUUACUAGGGAGUAACAAGCCAUUCCCUCAGCCAAUUCCUCUCGCUGAAAUGGUAGAUUUCCUAGUGGACGUUUGGGAGCAGGAGGGAAUGUACGAUUGAGAAGCUAAAACAACUAAAAUAUUGAAGGUUGGCUGGGUUUCCUAUCAAUUGCUGUAAACAUUAUAUUGCUCUCACUGUUCGAAGACGCGGUGGUCAAGCAAAGCGGGGUGUGUAUCUCAACUGUAGCAUUAUAUACUUUAAACGCCCGCUUUGUUUUGUUUUCCUCUUCCUUUGUAGAACUGUCCUUGUAUCGCAUUAUGACUAAAUAAUAUUCUGCCUGGUGUUUGCGAGGCAGCAGUUAGUUUA